GAAGACACCAUAAAGAUCCUACUUGCAACAGACAACCACAUCGGUUAUCUGGAACGAGACCCCAUUCGUGGACAAGAUUCCAUAAAUACGUUUCAGGAGAUUUUGCAGUUGGGGAAAAAACACGACGUCGACUUUGUCCUCCUCGCUGGAGACUUGUUUCACGAGAACAAGCCUUCCCGGGACUGUCUUUACAAGACCAUCGCGCUUCUGCGGGAGUACACGUUAGGUGACAAACCUAUACAAGUAGAGCUGUUAAGUGAUCCUGAAGAAGGAAAGGCUGACGGUUUCUCGUUUCCCGCUAUUAACUACGAAGACCCCAAUUUCAACGUUGCAAUUCCCGUCUUUUCGAUUCACGGCAACCACGAUGAUCCUCAAGGCGCGGGAGCGGAAGGUGCAUUAUGUGCCCUUGACGUUCUCUCCGUAUCAGGACUACUAAACUACAUGGGAAAAAUCGAUCUCCCCGUCUCAGACGCCGACGCUCGUACAACGGGUAUUGCUGUCCGGCCUGUUCUCCUCCGUAAAGGAAGGACCCAACUUGGCAUGUACGGAAUCGGGAACGUCAAGGAUCAAAGGAUGCAUUUUGAGCUUCGAAGCAAUCGUGUGCGAAUGUACAUGCCGAAAGAUAAAGACAAAUGGUUUAAUAUUCUGUUGCUGCACCAGAAUCGCGUGAAGCAUGGUCCUCAAGAAUUUGUUCCGGAAGGAAUGUUUGACGAUAGUGUGGACCUGGUUAUUUGGGGACACGAACACGACUGCCGAAUCGUCCCUGAACCAGUAGCGGGGAAGAAAUACUACAUAACUCAACCUGGGUCUUCUGUUGCGACAUCUCUGGCGGAUGGUGAAGCCAUCGAAAAACAUGUAGCCUUGCUGGAAGUUCAGGGGAAGGAAUUCAAGAUGACGCCUAUACCACUGCGGACGGUCCGACCGUUUGUUAUCGAAGAAGUCGUUUUGAACGAGGUGGCAGAAGAGGAAGGACUCAACCUUAAUGAUCAAAUGGAAAUUACGAAGUACCUCAAGGGAAAAGUAGUGAACGCUCUUAUUGACGAAGCGAAUGAACAGUGGGACGAACGAAACGCUAGAGCAGCAGAAGCCGGUGAACCAGAAGUCCCAAGGAUGCUUCCUCUUGUUCGUCUAAAGGUCGACACAACAGGUGUCACGGAAACCUCCAACCCCAUCCGUUUCGGGCAAGAAUUCCAAGGCCGCAUCGCCAACCCACGAGACCUCCUCGUCUUCCACCGGUCCAAAAAGUCAGCUAGCCGAACUACAAAAGUCGCCAUCGACCAGCCCGAACUGAGUAUCGACGAUCCCGAGUUGAGCGUCACGGAGAAAUUGGCAAAGGUCCGGGUGGCGACGCUCGUGAAGGAGUAUUUGACUGCGCAGGAGUUGCAGUUGUUGGGUGAGAAUGGGAUGUCGGAUGCUAUUCAGAUGUUUGUUGAGAAGGAUGAUAUCCAUGCGAUUCAUACGCUAAAGAGCAACACGAACAAGAGUACAUCGAGAAGGCCAAAGAGAACAAAGCCAAAGGAAAGGUCCGUCGCCACUUUGAAUCUUUCUCGAAUCAAAAGGCAUAUACGUUUGUUACAGGGGAAAGCAAAAGCCAUCGAAUCUGGCUCGGAGGACUCCAUGCUCAUGGACGUCGACGCUGGUGCCAAUUCUAAUUUUGACGACAUUGAUUCCGACGAGCCCGAACCUCCCAAAAAGAAAGCUGCCGCCGCUGCUACCAAAGCGAAGAAAGCACCAGCCAAGGCACCGGCGAAGAAAGCACCAGCGAAGAAAGCACCUGCAAAGGUGAUUGAUCUUGGUGAUUCUGAUGACGAGGAAGAAGAGGCGCCUAAGCCUGCUACGAAGAAGACGAACAGAGCUGCUGUUCAAUCAACGAAAAAGGCUCCAGCGAAGAAGAAAGCGACUGCUGCGCCAGCGAAGCAGAACCAGCUGACAUUUGCACCUGCCGGUCGGUCGUCGCGUGCUGCUGCUACGAAAGCUAGAGGGAAGAUGGUGGUUAGUUUCGUUUUUAUGUUUCAAUGA